AUGCACCAGGCUUGGAAGAUGAGGAUUACAGUGUUCACUGCCUUUAGCAAUGUGGUUGUUCUACUCUUGUUUGCUAGUAACUUGGCCUCAGGAGGUGCAGUUGGUGCUUCUUCUCUUUUCUUUGUCUACUCUUUGGACUAUGCCCGUACCCAAUUGGCUGAUGAGUCUAAGGCUACAAAGAAGGGAGGAGAAAGACAAUUCAAUGGUCUGAUGGAUGUCUACAAGAAGACAUUGAAAUCUGAUGGUAUUGUUGGUGUAUACCGUGGAUUCAAUAUAUCAUGUGUUGGUAUCAUUGUUUACCGUGGUUUGUACUUUGGACUGUAUGAUUCACUCAAGCCUAUGGUCCUAACGGGAGGUUUGCAAGAUAGUUUCUUUGCUAGCUUUGCUUUUGGAUGGGUCGUCCUCAAUGGUGCUUGUCUUGCUUCCUACCCAAUUGACACUAUUCGAAGAAGAAUGAUAAUGACCUCCGGUAAAGCUGUCAAGCACAAGAGUUCUUUUGGUGUUUGA